AUGGCUUAUGGAUACCCUAAGGGCACAGCGCCCAAGCAGCCGGAGCGGAAGCUGUGCGCGGAGCACGGGCAGGAGCUGAGCCUGUACUGCCGGGAGCACGAGGCCAUCAUCUGCGUGCUCUGCGCGCUGCGCGGCGCCCACCAGCACCACGCGCUCGUCACGCUGGACGAGGCGUACCGCGCCGCGCGGAAUAGAGAACCCGUUGACCUGAAGGUGGCCAUGCUGGAGAUGGUGGAAAGGUUAAAGUUCAAGUGCACAGACCCUAAAGUCUUUUAAUAGUGAUUCCCAAAUUAGGGAUCACAACCCCACGUGGGAUCAUGAAUGCUACGGAAGUUCUUUUGGAAGACUCAGGUUUGAAAUGGGAAUAAAAACACAAGCCUACUAGAAAUGAAGUUGUGGGUCUGGAAAUAUUGGGAACCACCUGGGACAGAGAUUUCUUAUUGGUAGUAAGAGUUUGUGCAACACUUACUACAUGGGAGGCCAGAAUCUCAUCAUACAAAUUAAAGUACAUUGGUAUUAUUUUAUUACUGUAACAGAGUGUUAAGGUAGAAACCCUGUUAUUUGAGGAAAAUCAUGGACUCGGGUUGCUGAAGGGGAUGGGGUCACGAAAAAGACAAUGUUGGUAGCCGACUGGACCCAGCUGACGAGGAUCUACA